UGUUGUACCCCUCCAAUUAAACGUGAUGAGCCAGUUUCAUAGGGGCGUUCUGGAAGGCAUCAUGUUAACUGACCUCAAUUUUAUUACUGAUAUAAAAUGGUUUCUUGCUGAUUUGGGUGCGGUGUUAACAACUGGAUGUCCGUUCAAGAGUAACAAGUGGAAAACGUCAGAAGUUCUUAGUGAAUUGUCGCUAUGGAUACCAACAGCAGCCUCAGGGUCCAUCGUGUAUUGGAAAUGGCGUUAUUAGUGUUCGUCCUUACUAUUUUAAGAACUGAUUGUACGCCAGUUUCAAAUAUUGACAAAUCUUCAAACAUCACAUCGCCGGAAAACGUUGUCACAGUCAACAAGACAAACAGCAGCAUGGAUUAUUCUACAGGCGAUUCAUAUUUAGAUGAAGCUUAUUUUGGCUGCGUGAUAGCUAGAGAUAUGUCCACGUGUGUCAAAUAUGAGGCUCUAAAAUAUAUUCAUGAGGUGACUUCACCAUUUAAAGGAUCGAGCGAUAAUGGUACUUCGAGACGAUCAGAGCUCAACUUAUGGGGACCUUUAAAGCUUAUAGCAUUACCACCAAGUGAAGAACCGACAAAAGUUCAGCAAAUGUUCUCAGAUUCGAGCCCACGGUCCACUGAUUCCGAGCUCAUGAGAUUGUUCCGGUUUACCCUGAGGCAGGUGGAGAGAUUCGUCAGAGCAUAUUCUCUCGCUAUUAACGUCCCGACAAGAUUGUCUUCAGAUGGAGGUGCAGAGGACUUCGAGACACCGAGGAUCAUUGAUGACGAUUUCUUCAGUAGCAGUUUAAAAGGAGUGGCAGGCCGAGGAAAGAAGAAGACGAUGAUGUAUCUGCUACCCCUGAUCUCCUUCUUCCACCUGAAAGCACUUCUAGUUCCAAUACUUCUGGCGGUCCUGUUCAUCAAGAAGGUGCUGAUCCUAGCAAUUAUCUUUCUGCCGAGCUUACUAUCACUCGUAAAAUGGUGCAAGCCAAUGCACCACCAACACACGCCGUGGUACCCGGAGCACGAACCUCACGCCGAAUACCACUCAGAGUACUUUCCUCACUAUGAAUUGUACGAGACCCACGGAACAGAAGACGACUGGACAGAAAACAAACACUACCCGGAAGAAACCCGGAGAUCGCGGUACAAUCCCCGGCCACAGGGUCAUCUUAAACAAGUGUGGUUGGAUUUCAAUCUGAGGCCUUCCAUGGUAGUGACUCCCGAAGAAGUUCCCGCUCUGCACACACUCAGAGAAGACGAAAUUAGAGAAGACUGGGGCAGUGGAAUACUGAAAAAGUACAUGCCUCACCGGGUAAUACAACAGAUCAAACGUGGGCACUCCUAUGAUGAACUGAUUGAUAGGAAUCGAGACCCAACAUUGGUGGAAACUCCGCAUGAAGUCGAGGAGAGCAGUAAGGGCAUAUACUACUUACCAUCGAUGACUCACAUCUGGCACAAUGACGUACCGCCACAGUACCAAGACAUAAAAAGGAGCUUGGAUGGUGAUUCCUUCAGACAAAGCUGGAGAAGUGAUCAGUCAAAGGGAUUAGGUACAGAAUGGAAUAAAUAUCAACGGUCAAUAAAUUCGCCAAGGAACCUGUUUCAAUGGGGGAAUGAUCAUGGUGUUUCGACGUCCGAUCAUUACACAAGUGACAUCAGAAAACAUCUUGGAGAUAUAUUCUUGACAGAGUUUAAAGAUAAUAGCAAUAUUUUGCCACAGGGUAGGAAAUAUGAGACAUUUUCUUCGUCUGUGGUAACGGAAAAAGAACAGAAUGAUGCAGAAACCACUUCUGCUGAAGAGGUUCCUCUAGAGAAACCGACAAUUGCUAACUCUCGAUCGUCCUCCACUAAAAUGCAGCUUCAGAACAAUCGUCAGAGAGUACAGAAGAAAGAUAAACAGAAAUGUGAUCAGAACAAAGAUCAUUUCAUCUCGAGAACAGACAGUGGCCAUGACGCGAUCAAAGAGACAUCGCUGACAAUGUCAGAGAUUGACAUAAAUCAUUCAUAAACCUUUGAAACGUUGGUAAACUUCUACCAGACUUCACGGCGCUACAACCCAGAAGACAGCCAUCUUCGUAAAAUAAACAGGUUGAUUUUUUUUUUGGGGGGGGGGUAUUUUAAGGGGAAGGUGUGUCGAUAAAUAUUGUACUUCUAUCAUCUCCUUUACAAUUCAAGUUUUCUAAUUUUAUAAUCUAAUCGAUGGGCAUGUUUUUUAAUUUUGCCCUAGAACAUGUCAUCGCGAAGGUUAGAGGGAAUUAGGAAGGAUGUUAAUUUUCUGGGGGAUGGUGUGGGUACCAUAACCUAGAAUGCAGAAACUCUCCUAGAGGCUAGCAAGGAAAUAGGCCUAGAAGUAAAUGUAGACAAGACUAAAUACAUGGGCAUAAUAUAAGAUUAACAUCAGCAACAACUGCGAAACAUAAUUAUAAGUAACACAUCAUUUGAAAAUGUUUAAAAAUUUACGUAUCUGGGAACAACAAUAACAAGUAGAAAUGAGGUCCAUGGUGAAAUUAAGAGUAGAAUACAUUCUGGUAAUGGUUAUUUUCGUUCAAUUCAAAAACUGUUAUCUCGUUUGCUAUCCUUAACAUUAAAGAUCAGGAAAUAUAAAACAAUAAUUUUAUCUGUUGUCGUGUGUGGUUGUGAAACAUAGUAUCUUACCUUGAAGGAAGAACGUAAAUUACAAGUGUUUGCUCAGGGAGAUAUUUGAACCUAUGAAGGAUAAAAUAAGUGAGGGAACUUAAGACUAUUACAUAACAAAGAACUGCGUGAAUUGUACAGGUCAUCUAUAGUGAGGACAGUGAAAUCUAGGAGGCACCGAUGGGCUGAAUAUGUGGCACGCAUGGGGGAGAUGCAAGGGGUGCACAGGGAAUUUUGGUAUGGAAUCCUUCUGGAAAACAACCACUGGGCAGACCAGGAAGGAUAUGGGAGGAUUAUAUCAAGAUGGAUCUUAGGAAGGUGGGCUGUGAGGAUGACAAAUGGAUGGAGUUGGAUCAGGAUCAUGUCUGGUGGCGGGCUUUGGUGCUUUGGUGUUGUCGGUAUUGGAUCUGCGGGUUUUGCUACCAGGGAGUUGGUUACUUAGUUUAUCAAUGGACAUCAAAUCUGAUUUACUCUAUAUACAUACAAAUAAAAUACUUUUUGAGCAAAUAAUACACGGACUGCACAGGUUUAAUAGGAUUACAUAUCACGGAUAACAAGAAGCAAUCUACACGCGUGGAGUUUUAAGAUUUGUUUGUGUUUUAUUGUGAAGUCAGAUGACUGACCGUGAGCUCCAUACAUGAUGGACUCGGUGAGUCUGUUGCUAAUGGAUCUCAGGUCUCUACAGUCAAAACGUACCGACAGAGAACAAUACAUAUAAUUUCAUAUAAGAUACGGCAGUAAGAGACUCCCGAUUAUCCGGGUUGGUUGAGAAAUAUAUUUUCCAAAAAUAUCGAAACCCUGGAUAAUCCGCAAGAAAUUAAAGAAAAAUACGGAAACUUUACAAGUCCGUUAUUUUAUUUACAGACAUACACUACUUAACAUUUUAAAGAUUUUGCUAAUAUUAGAGAGAAUUUUACAUAAAUUUUAGUACAGUAUACAUAACUAUUAAAAAUAUUCUAACGGAUAGAAACAACGUUCUAUUGUCGCAAACUUCAGGUUUUAACAAAAAUUCAUUCAUGUUAAUACGUUAAAUAAUGUUCAUUUCUUUUCAAACGUUCUAACUUACAACAAAGUUUCCUAAAUUAAUUUCUGAUUUUCGUUCAAAUCAGAUAGACCCCGGAUAAUCAUCAAACCGGUUACUCCGCCCGCAGAUUAUCGGGCGUCUGCUUUAUUUGUAAUACGGUACUAUAUCUUCAAAACGGUCACUGGCUUUCUAGCUUUCGAGGGCGCUGAAGUCACAGGCUAUUAGAAGGAAUGCUGAGGUCGCACUAACACGUUCUUUUGAAUUUGUUCAGCUUAUUCUCAUAUACCAAUUUGCUUUGGUUGGGACAACAGUACAUAUGACAAAACGUAUUUUCUAUUAUAGUUAUAUUAAAGAUUGCAGAGUUUUAAUAUGAAAGGAUAUGGCUCCAUUCUUGUCAACAUAUGGCAAGUUCAUAAUUAUUAAUCUCGCCUAUAAACUAUGACGAUGAUUAAUAAAAAAAUAAAUAAAAUUGAUGGGCCACGUAAUUCGUCGAGGGGAGCUGAAAACGCGUAGUCUACAAAAUUUAGUCAGAAAACCUGAAUGGAAGAAUCCAAUUGAGAAACAAAUUCAAAUGGACUGAUAAUAUUAAAAUAGCAUUUAUAUAAACAUGUGUGGACUAAACUAAACUAGCUUACGGUAUGAUCCAGCGAUGGUGGAGAAUUAAUAAAGAUAAUCUUGGCAUUUCAUAGCCAAUUUCGAAAGUAUUUGAAAGGUCCAUGUAUCAUGAAGUCAAUGGGGAGAACAUAUAAUAAAACAAAAAGAAACCCAUUAUGUAUUAAAAUCUAUAUACACGAGUCGGAACUUGUUGAUAUAAAUCACUGGAUGUCCUGGAUGUGCUGGAUCAUUCUACGCGGUGUAAGAAAGGAAUAUUUUCACAUAUUUUGGAGCUACAACAUUUUCCAUGAAACUUUUCACUUUAACAGUCUAAGAUUAAUGUUCACGUAAAAAUAAAAUGAAUGUAAACAAUAUAAUGCCGCCACCUGAAACGAUGGACAUCGGUAUCCAAUCCACGUAUUGAUCUGUCCAUAGUAAGCGUCUGUGAUAGUUUACCCAACAUAUACAUAAA